UGUGAGGGAAUGGUAGGCUGGCGAAGGCCCAAUGUGGAAUGAGGCCGUCGUACUGCAUCGGUGGGGGUGUACUUUUGUCAUGGUAGCACUUUUCAUUUUGUUUCAAGGCGUUUAUAUAUAUUAGAGGGUAGGUGAAGCCUGAGUGUGUUCUUUCCUCAGGCCACGCUUCUCCCUCUCUUCUUUCACUCUUCAGUCUUGCAGCCAUGAAGCUCCUCAGCGUCACCCUGGCCUCGCUGGGCCUCGCCUCCGCCGCCACCGUUGCCAAGAAAGUAAACUACGACGACUGGAAAGUCGUCCGUGUCAAUGUCGGCGCAAACGCUGCCAAGCUCGAGAAUGUAAUGAGCAAGUUGCAGCUUGAGCUGUGGAAGGGCAAGCCUGCGUCUAGCGAUGUCGUCGAUGUCAUGGUGCCACCGUCGUCGGUCAAGGACUUUGAGGCUCAGACUCAGGGUUUCGAAACAAAAGUCAUGCAUGACAAUCUUGGCCUUUCUAUCGCAGACGAGCAGAGUUUUAGCACAUAUGCCGCUGGUCUUGCACCGAACGCGACGUGGUUUAACUCCUACCACUCCAUUGCCGAUCACAUGCAAUGGAUUACCGAUCUUGCGGCUGCAUACCCCAAGAACGCAGAAGUCAUUUCUGCAGGCAAGUCGGUUGAGGGCCGUGAUAUUAAGGGUAUUCACAUCUGGGGUAGUGGUGGUAAGGGAUCUCAGAAGGGUGUAGUAUGGCACGGCACUGUACACGCACGUGAAUGGAUCACUACAAUGGUUGUCGAAUACGCAGCAUACCAACUUCUCACCUCCACCGACGCUACGACCGCCGGCUUCAAAAACUCGUACGACUUCUACAUCUUCCCCAUCGUCAACCCCGACGGCUUUGCCUACAGCCAAACCACCGACCGCAUGUGGCGCAAGAACCGCCAGACCACUCCCAGCGCCUCAUGCGUGGGCCGGGACAUCAACCGCAACUGGCCCUCCCACUGGAACCAACCCAACGGCGCCUCCACCUCCCCCUGCGACCAAGACUACAAAGGCCCCUCGGCCGGCGACGGCGUAGAAACCAAAGCCCUAAAAGCGCACCUCGACAGCAUCGCCGCCGGCAAAGGCAUAACCCUCUACAUGGACAUCCACGCCUACAGCCAACUCUGGAUGUACCCUUACGGCUACACCUGCUCUGGUGCUCUCCCCAGUGCCGCAAAGUACUCUUCGCUGACGAACGGUGCGAUUGCCGCGGUGAAGGCAGUGCAUGGAACUGCCUUUACGGGAGGCCCGAUUUGCAAUACUAUCUAUCAGGUUAGUGGCGAUAGUGUGGAUUAUGCAUUCGAGGUCGCCAAGGCGACGUAUAGUAUGACGGUUGAGUUGAGGGAUACGGGUAAGUAUGGGUUUGUCCUGCCGAAAGAGCAGAUUGUGCCGAGUGCGGAGGAGAUGUGGGCUGGGUUGAGGUAUUUGGUUAAGAAUAUGUAAAGGUCUUAGGGGACAAGGAGGAUGUAUGUAUAUAUGAGUGUAGGGAUGUUUUGUGGGCUUCUGGAAGAUUUUGAGAGGGAUAGAGCCCAAUGCGUAGAUAUUUCUAUAGGAUGAAAAAAAUCUUGAGAGUAAGAGCCCA